CAACAUAUCAUCGAGAGGAACAAUCAACAAAGUAGUCCACUCGGUGUCUCGGUUUGACGAUUCGCACCCUCAGUUCAUCGCUUCUGCAAAGGAGUACCCUCAAAGAAAAAGAGCCUCCGGAGUCGCCAAGAAGAAUCGUAAGAGGCAUCGAAACGAACCGGUGUAGAGACUCACAGUCAGCCACCGGAAUAGACCAACCUAUACUGCCAGCAAGAAAACGUCACUUUUUAUUUCCUCGAGCAAGUCGGCUCGUCUUUUUUUGAGUUUGUCUCGGCGUCCGGCUUGGCCCUUUGACACUCUUCAUUGUCUGUCAGGACCAACGAAGACUGUACCUUGUCCUGUUACGCUUACAACAUACAUCAAAGGAGCAUCACUUUCGUUCAACAUCUGACAAUGAUUAGUCCUUCUGCGACGAAUACACUCUAUCCAAUGUUUCAACUCAAAAAACGAAGCUCGAGCUUGCGACAAGCUUCGCUUCCUCUCAAGAAGCGAAGAUUGUACUGGAGGAACGAAGAACAAGAUGCCAAGCCAGAGCCACCUUCGUCACAACUCCCUUUGCUUUCGGAACUUGACGCUUCGGUCUUGGAAUUUGCCAACAGCAAUACCGACGAGCAACUCGCAGUUCUGGCGCUAGUCGCUGCCGCAGGAUCUUUCGCACACCUUCUCCCUUCACAGGACCGCUCGACUCCGAGUGAUCUAUCUACCGAAGGUCUGUCCGUGGAAGACUCGUCGGACCCUGCGUUGGACGACUCGCUCUCUACAAAGCCAAGCCACGGUACACCGCUCUCGAAUCCUCCACCAGGAAGUUGCCACGGCCGCACUUCGCGUAACAACUCGCACUGCCGACGUCAACCCUGUUACAACGGUAGCAAGUACUGCAAGCUCCAUUACCAGCACUACAUAAUUUCCGGACAGCGGUCGCCUCUGGAGGAAGAAUCAGAGCAGCCCCGUAGCAUCUGUGUACCGGCUCAUUCGACUACGAUCGCAGCGUUGGCGCCGCACCAGGAUCGGCGCUUCACCGGAAGUGGUGACGAAGUUCGCUGCCAGGCAACCACAACUCGAGGUCGCGCGUGUGCGUACAUCUCGGUAAGCGGCACCAAGUAUUGCUACUUACACGCGGAUUACGACACAAACCCGCCUCCCCGAAGAGGAGCAGGUUCGUUGAAGGACAAGGUGACCAAGACGAAUCGUGAGGAACGUAGCAAGGUUGACUACUCCCAACAAGACUCCUCCUCCUUGUCGACGGCGGAAGCUUCAUUGGCAUCCCACGAAGGGUCCGAACGAUCGACUCUUGGAUUCUCACCAGUCUCGGCGGGCACAGAAGAUAUCAAAUCUGUCAAAUUAACUUCACCCAAGACGAGAGGACGGCGAACACCAGCAAGUCUCGCUGCUAAACACGCGGACUCACCCUACCCUUUGCUUAGCAUGGUUUCGACGGACCAGUGGAAGGAUCAGAUGGUACGCGUUUCGUGCGGACCCCUCAUCAAUCGGAUUGGGAAAGUUGAAAAGUGGGGAAAUGGAUGGGUCACCAUCAGAAUCCCUGGCGUCGGCCUCCACAAUCGUCGAUCGUUUGAGCUGUAUAUAUCCUCCGACGACCAAGCAGCAGAUAUCGACGACCAAGAUAGGGGCGACGCGAGUCUUGUACGAUGCGUUUCCCGAGAAGCUGCAAGCCCGUCUCCCGCUGAAAUGGAAAGCUCAGGCAGUAGCUCCAAGAUGGCGGUCACCCCGAGUUCCAAACGUGAUUCCGAUGACUCUCUGAUUUCGCCUCCCGUCUAUCUCCCAGAAGCACCAAACCUCGACCGGUUCACCGGCUCGUGGAUAUCCCCGAGUACAAUAGGAGAAAGCUUACGAAAGGAAACUUCUCCUGCAAAAAUUACUCCAUUGUCACCUCGACGAAUGCGGGCGGAAGGUGUCACUUUACGGGAUGACGGUCCCAUGCUUUCCGAGCCAGGUUUCGGUGACAAGGUCGGCUUGCUGCCUCGACGUUCCUCGUUUGAAAAGGCGAGGUGAGAUUCUCCCCCAAGACGAAGGCCUCCCUCUACACGUUCGAUAAAGAAACCACUUCUGUUCAUACAUAUAGUCCGCAUUUGCAUUGAAUAUUCAUUCAUUAUUUGCUUCAUUACAGUAAUGACAUCAUUGCAUAGCUUACAUUUCAACAAGUUAAGAUAGUUUUUGUGCCAACGUGU